GCCGCUGCCGCUGCUGCUACCGCCUACAGAGCCUGCCUUGCGCUAGGUGCUGCCAGGAGGAUGCGGCCGGGGCCCGGAGGCUGCUGCUGCCGUCGCCCGGUGCGAGCGAACGGCUGCGUGGCGAACGGGGAAGUGAGAAACGGGUACGUGAGGAGCAGCGCCGCAGCCGCCGCUGGCCAGAUCCAUCAUGUUACACAAAAUGGAGGACUAUAUAAAAGGCCAUUUAAUGAAGCUUUUGAAGAAACACCAAUGCUGGUUGCUGUGCUCACAUACGUGGGGUAUGGUGUACUCACCCUCUUUGGAUAUCUUCGAGAUUUCUUGAGGCACUGGAGAAUUGAAAAGUGUCACCAUGCAACAGAAAGAGAAGAACAACAGGUAAUUGUCAGAAUCUUCGAUUCGGAAAAAAGUCUAAGGUAUACAGGGAAUAUAAUUAAAGAUGUUAUAAACAUGGGUUCCUACAACUACCUUGGAUUUGCACGGAAUACUGGGUCAUGUCAAGAGGCAGCUGCCAAAGUCCUAGAGGAGUAUGGAGUCGGAGUGUGCAGCACUCGGCAGGAAAUUGGAAACCUGGACAAGCAUGAAGAACUAGAAAAACUUGUAGCAUGGUUCUUGGGAGUAGAAGCUGCUAUGACAUACGGCAUGGGAUUUGCGACAAAUUCAAUGAACAUUCCUGCUCUUGUUGGCAAAGGUUGCCUGAUUCUGAGCGAUGAACUGAACCAUGCAUCACUAGUUCUGGGAGCCAGACUGUCGGGAGCAACCAUUCGAAUCUUCAAACAUAACAAUAUGCAAAGCCUAGAGAAGCUAUUGAAAGAUGCCAUUGUUUAUGGUCAGCCUCGGACACGAAGGCCCUGGAAGAAAAUUCUAAUCCUCGUGGAAGGGAUAUAUAGCAUGGAGGGAUCUAUUGUUCGCCUUCCUGAAGUGAUUGCCCUCAAGAAGAAGUAUAAGGCCUACUUGUAUCUGGAUGAGGCUCACAGCAUUGGGGCCUUGGGCCCUACAGGUCGAGGUGUGGUGGAGUACUUUGGCCUGGAUCCUGAGGAUGUGGAUGUUAUGAUGGGAACAUUCACAAAGAGCUUUGGUGCUUCUGGAGGAUACAUUGGAGGCAAGAAGGAGCUGGUAGACUAUCUGCGAACACAUUCCCACAGUGCAGUGUAUGCCACGUCACUGUCGCCACCCGUAGUGGAGCAGAUCAUCACAUCUAUGAAGUGCAUCAUGGGGCAGGAUGGCACCAGCCUUGGCAAAGAGUGUAUACAGCAGUUAGCUGAAAAUACGAGGUAUUUCAGGCGACGCCUGAAAGAAAUGGGCUUCAUCAUUUAUGGAAAUGAAGAUUCUCCAGUGGUGCCUUUGAUGCUCUACAUGCCAGCCAAGAUUGGCGCCUUCGGACGGGAGAUGCUAAAGCGGAACAUUGGUGUAGUUGUGGUGGGAUUUCCUGCUACCCCAAUUAUCGAGUCCAGAGCCAGGUUUUGCCUGUCGGCAGCUCAUACCAAAGAAAUACUUGACACUGCUUUAAAGGAGAUAGAUGAAGUUGGAGACCUAUUGCAGCUGAAGUAUUCACGUCAUCGGUUGGUACCUCUACUGGACAGGCCCUUUGACGAGACUACUUACGAAGAAACAGAAGACUGAGCCUUUUUGGUGCUCCCAUAGAGGGGAACUCUCCCUCACCCAGGACUGUGUGGCCUUUCUGAGCCAGUUCCAGGAACCACACUUCUGUGGCCAUCUCACGUAAAAGACAUUUCUUCAGCUACUGAAGGUGGCCACCUCCAUUCUAUAUAGCAUUUUGUAAAUAGUAAAAAACUGCUUCACAUUCUUCUUUUGCUAAAUCUCACCUUUAAAAAUGGAGGUGACUCACUUCGCUUUUUUGUCCAUUAAAAAAAAAAGUUUUAUUUU